AUGCAUCCUCAACAGCAGGACGAUGUGGAACAAUACGUUCAGGAAACAUAUGACUAUCACAGUCAAGAUGUUCCCAAAAAGGACGACGUGAAUAUCACCGCGGACGAGGCAAUGGAGAUUGCCAUAGGCGAAAGUGAAAAUGUCGAGUACACCAUCGACUCGGAUAACUCUCCCUACCUGGAAGUGCGAGCAAACGUCCCCAAUACCGACGACCCUACCUUGCCUGUGAACACCUUGCGAAUGUGGUUUCUCGGGGUCGUUUUUACAUUGGUCGGUACAGGUGUCAACCAGUUCUUCUCGAUGCGAUAUCCCAGCGUCACUAUCACUUCGUUGGUAGCACAGUUGAUCAGCUUCCCCUUCGGAUGCUUGCUGGCGCAAGUACUGCCGGUGAAGACGUUUCGUCUAUUUGGACGGUGGGACCUUGUCAUCAACCCGGAUCACAAGUUCAACAUCAAGGAACAUGCUGUGAUCACGAUCAUGUCCAACCUGAGUUUUGGACAGUCCUGGGCCAUGGCCAUCAUCCAAGGACAAAAGGCAUUUCUCAAAAUGCCCACUCCGGUCGGCUAUCAGAUCCUACUAUCUUUGACAAUGCAGCUGUUUGGUCUAGGACUUGCAGGGCUGGCCUACAAAUACAUCGUGGAGCCUCCUCAGAUGAUCUGGCCGUCCACCCUUGCGAACGCGGCAUUGUUUGAAACGCUUCACAGUGGUGCAAACCCCAUUGCUGAUGGAUGGAAGGUCACCAGGUACAAGUUCUUCUUGAUCGUCUUUAUUACUGGUUUCGUCUGGUACUGGUUCCCUGGAUUCAUCUUUACCGGAUUGAGCACUUUCGCAUUUAUCUGCUGGGCGGCUCCGCAUAGCAAGGUGGUCAACAACCUCUUCGGCAUGUCAACAGGUCUAGGCUACAUGCCUACUACAUUUGACUGGAGUCAAAUUGCCUACAAUGGAUCUCCCCUGGUUGUUCCGUUCUGGGCCCAGGCAAAUGUAUUUGCUGGCUGGUUCUGCAUCUUUGCAGUAGCAGCGCCUAUUCUGUACUACACAAACACCUUCUACAGCGCAUAUCUCCCGUUAACUGGGUCUGAUGCCUACGACAAUACUGGCAAUAUCUACAAUUCAUCCAAGAUCCUAGAUGGCACUGGAAAUUUCGAUGAGGCAAAAUACCGCGCGUAUAGCCCUAUCUUUCUUCCCGUAACCUUUGCCAUAGCUUAUGGCACUGGCUUUGCAGUGCUUAGCUGCGUAUUAGUCCAUGUUGCACUAUACCACAGCAAGGAUAUCUGGAAUACACUUAAGGGUGGUGGCAAGAAGGAUAUCCAUGCCAGAUUGGUCUCCCGCUAUCCAGAUGCUCCGUGGUGGUGGUAUGGAAUCAUGACGAUCAUAGUAGUCGUUAUCGCAAUUGUCACUCAGUAUGUGUGGCAUACGCAGCUUCCCUGGUGGGGGCUUUUCCUUACCCUUGCUCUGGCGGCUCUCUAUGUCAUCCCUGUUGGCACUGUCUAUGCCAUGGCGAACCUGAACAGUAAUGUCUUGACAGUGCUGGGAGAGAUUAUUUCCGGCUAUGUACUUGAGGGGAAACCGCUGGUCAUGCUGAUCUUCAAAUUCUACGCGUAUACUGGCCUAAGUCAAGCAAUGAUCUACAGUGCAGAUAUGAAGUUGGGACUCUACAUGAAGAUUCCACGUCGAACUCUGUUUACUGCACAGCUUGUAGCCUGCGUUCUCGGUGCCCUAACUCAGAAUGGCGUUGUACUGUGGAUGUUGGGCCAUGUGAAGGAUGUCUGUUCGAGUCACCAGUCGGACAACUUCACCUGCCCCCAAGGACGAGUCAACUACAACAGCUCGAUCUUCUGGGGAGCAAUUGGACCGAAGAGACUGUACAAUAUCGGCAAGAUGUAUUCCGGUCUUCUGCAUAUGUUCUGGAUUGGGGCUCUGUUACCGAUUAUCACGUUCUUUGCGCGGAAGAAAUUCCCCAAUAACAGGCUCCUCAAUGCCAUCCAUUGGCCGAUUUUCUUUGCAGGCACGGGCAAUAUCCCACCAGCGACCGGAAUCAACUACUCGACAGCUUUUGUGGUCAGUUUGAUCUUCAACAAGUUCAUCAAAGAUCGAAGACCGCAUUGGUGGGCCAAAUACAACUACGUGCUGUCUGCUGCUCUAGAUUCCGGGGUGGCAGUAUCGGCGAUUGUGAUCUUCUUUUGCCUGGUGUUACCGGGAGCGACAUUCACCUGGUGGGGUAAUACUAUCAACAGCAAGACGGUUGACGGGUUGGGGACACCGUGGAAGGAGCUGGGGGUGAACCAGACCUUUGGACCGAGCACAUGGGAAUAGUGGAGGAGUCAGGAUGAGUUGUUGUUGCUGUCGUUGCCCUAUGAAAUGAUGACGCCAUGGAUUCAUGGAUUGUAUGACUCAGG